AUGGCCUUGCUCACGGAAUUCUUCGAGAAGCCGGACGUCUCGGUGCUGGUGCUGACGCUUAGCCCCGCUGGCGUGAUCGUGCCCUGCCUGGGCUUCCCGGAGUCCCUCAAGUCCAAAGGGGUUUACUUCCUCAAGACAGAGCCCGAGGCCGUGAGCAAGACCAACUACAAGGCGUGUCUCCUCUACGGGGACAUAAGCCCCGCGCCCGUGGACCAGCUGAUCGUGGUGGUGGAGGAGGUCCUCUACUCUCUGCUAAACCAGAGCGAGAACCUGGAGGGAUGGCCCCGGGUGGUGUCAGAAGACAUCGUGAAGCAAGUCCACAGGCUGAAGAACGAGAUGUUUGUGACGGGCGGCAAGAUCAAGGGGAAAACCCUGCUGCCCAUCCCCGAGCACCUGGGCAGCCUGGACGGCACGCUGGAGUCCAUGGAGAGGCUCCCCUCCUCGCUGGACAACUCUCUCCUGCACUCCAUCGAGACCGUCAUCAUCGACUGGUCCCACCAGAUCCGGGACGUGCUAAGCAAGGACUCGGCCCAGGCCUUGCUGGACGGGCUGCACCCGCUGCCCCGAGUCGAGUUCGAGUUCUGGGACGCCCGGCUGACGAACCUCAAGUGCAUCCACGAGCAGCUAAACAGACCCAAAGUGAACAAGAUAGUCGAGAUCCUGGAAAAAGCCAAAAGCUGCUACUGGCCAGCCCUGCAGAACGUGUACACGAACGUCACUGAGGGGCUGAAGGAGGUGGAGGACGUCGUGCUCUAUUUGAAGCCCCUGCAGGUGCUGUUGGAGGAGAUGGAGCAGGCCGACUUCACGCAGCUCCCCACCUUCAUCGCCAAGGUGCUGGACACCAUCGGCUUCAUCUGGGCCACCUCGGAGCACUACAACACGCCCUCCAGGAUCAUCGUCAUCCUGCAGGAGUUCUGCAACCAGAUCAUCGAGAUGACUCGAACCUUCCUGAGCCCAGAGGAGGUGCUGAAGGGCCUGCAGGGUGAGAUCGAGGAGGUCCUGCUGGGCAUCUCCCUGUCGGUGACCGUGCUCAGGGAGCUGCACCGCGCCUACGACUUCUGCUGCACCAACAUGAAGCUGUUCUUCAAGGACAAGGAGCCCGUGCCCUGGGAAUUCCCUUCAUCCCUGGCAUUUUCCAGAAUGAACUCCUUCUUCCACCGCAUCCAGACCAUCGAGGAUCUUUAUAAAACAGCGAUCGAGUUUUUGAAGCUGGAGAAGAUCGAGCUGGGGGGAGUGAAGGGCAACAUCCUGGGGAACCUGGUGACGCAGAUCUACGAGGAGGUCUUCGAGCUGGUGAAGGUUUUUGCCGAGUGCAAAUAUGAUCCCUUGGAUCCUGGAGACUCGAGUUUUGACUCCGAUUAUGCUGAUUUUGAGACCAAAAUUCAAGAUCUGGACAGGAGGCUGGCCACCAUAUUUGGCCAAGCGUUUGAUGACUGCAGCUCCAUCGAGUCCUCUGCAAAGCUCCUGUACAUGUGCGGGAGCCUCUUGGAGCGGCCUCUGAUCCUCGCCGAGGUGGUGCCCAGGUACUCGGUCAUGCUGGAGUUGUUCGACACCGAGCUGGACAACGCCAAGAUCUUGUACGACACGCAGAUGGCAGCUUCUGUGGAGGGGAACAUCCCCCCGAUCCACAAAAACAUGCCCCCGGUGGCCGGGCAGCUCAAGUGGAGCCUGGAGCUGCAGGAGAGGCUGGAGGUGUCCAUGAAGCACCUAAAGCACAUCGACCAUCCGGUCUUGUCUGGCGAGGAGGCCAAGCUGGUCUACCAGAAGUAUGACGAGAUGAUGGCCCUGCUGGGGGGCUGCCGCCAGAGGAUCUACCGGCAGUGGGUGCAGAGGGUGGACCAGGACUGCAGCUUCAACCUGGGGCAGCCGCUGAUCCAGCGCGACGCCACCACAGACCUCGUCCGAGUCAACUUCAGCAAAGCGUUGGUGGCGGUUCUGAGAGAAGUCAAGUACUUGAAUUUCCAGCAACAAAAAGAGAUUCCAGGCAGUGCAGAGAAUCUGUUCUCAGACAACGAAACCUUCCGCAAGUUUGUGGGCAACCUGGAGCUCAUCGUGGGCUGGUAUAACGAGAUAAAGACUACUGUGAAAGAAGUAGAAUUUCCACUGAUAAAGUCAGAAUUGGAAGCAAUUGACAUCAAAUUGCUGAGCGCAGAAACGACGUUGUUCUGGAACGGUGAAGGUGUGUUUCAAUAUAUUCAAGAGAUGCGAGAAAUUCUACAUAACUUGCAGAACAGGAUGCAAAAAGCAAAGCAAAACAUAGACGCGAUUUCGCAGGCCAUGAAGGACUGGUCGGCCAACCCACUGUUUGAAAGAAAGGACAACAAAAAAGAGGCCCUGCUAGACCUGGACGGAAGGGUGAUCAACCUCAACAAGCGCUACACAGUGGUGAAGGACGCCGGCCUGAAGAUCCAGGCCAUGGUUGCGGAAAACGCAGAACUAUUGAGAGCAGACACGGCGAGCCUGCCCUGGAAGGAUUACGUCAACUACGUCGACAACAUGGUCUUAGACGAAUUCGAUGAUUUCAUUCGCAAAUCUCUGAAUUACCUGAUGGAUAACAUGGUUUUAGACGAGAGUGUCGCGCCCCUGUUCGAGAUCCACAUGGAGCUGGAUGAGGACGGGCUCACCUUCAACCCAUCUCUGGAGGUGGGCUCAGAGCGCGGCUUCCUGGCGCUGAUUGAGGGCCUGGUCAACGACAUCUACAACGUGGCCAGGCUCAUCCCCCGGCUGGCCAAGAACAGAAUGAGCUACAGGACGGACCUGGAGGACAUGACAGACCUCAUAGAGAUGCAGGAGGAGUUGUCCAGCUUGGUCAUCAACGCCAUGAAGGAGGCCGAGGAGUACCAGGACUCCUUCGAGAGGUACUCCUACCUCUGGACAGAUGACCCGCAGGAGUUCAUGAAGAAUUUCCUGAUCUUUGGGCGUCCGCCAACCUCGGAGGACUUGGACACCCGGACGGAUGAUACCACCCCCAAGACGCCGCCCACCCUCGCUCAGUUCCAGCAGCAGAUCGACUCCUACGAGAAGCUGUAUGAGGAGGUGUCCAAGUGUGAGAACACCAAGGUGUUCCAUGGCUGGCUGCAGUGUGACUGCCGCCCCUUCAAGCAGGCCCUGCUCAGCACCAUCAAGCGCUGGAGCCUCAUGUUCAAGCGGCACCUGAGUAACCACGUUGUCAACAGCCUCGCCGACCUGGAAGCCUUCAUGAAAGUCGCCAGAACGGGCUUAAGGAAGCCCCUCAAGGAGGGGGAUUACGACGGCCUGGUGGAGGUGAUGGGGCACUUGAUGAAGGUCAAAGAGAGGCAGGUGGCCACCGACAACAUGUUUGAGCCCCUGAAGCAAACCAUUGAGCUGCUCAAGUCCUACGGGGAGGAGAUGCCGGAGGAGAUGCACCUGAAGCUGCAGGAGCUGCCGGAGCAGUGGACGAACACCAAGAAACUGGCCAUCCAGGUGAAGCAGAACGUGGCCCCCCUGCAGGCCAACGAGGUCAACAUCCUGCGCCGGAAGUGCCAGCAGUUCGAGCUCAAACAGCACGAGUUCAGGGAGAAGUUCAGACGAGAGGCCCCCUUCUCCUUCAGUGACCCCGACCCCUACAAGUCCCUGAAUAAGCAACAAAAGAGCAUCGCGUCCAUGGAGAGCACCAUGGAGGCGCUGUCCAAGUCCGGGGGCCUGUUCGAGGUCACAGUCCCAGACUACAAGCAGCUCAAAGCCUGCCACCGGGAGGUCCGCCUGCUGAAGGAGCUCUGGGACAUGAUCGUCAUGGUGAACACCAGCAUUGAUGACUGGAAGACCACCAAGUGGAAAGACAUCAAUGUCGAACAGAUGGACAUAGACUGCAAGAAGUUUGCCAAAGACGUGAGGUCUUUGGACAAGGAGAUGAAAACCUGGGAUGCUUUCGUGGGGCUGGACAACACGGUGAAAAACAUGAUCACGUCCCUGCGCGCUGUGAGCGAGCUGCAGAACCCCGCCAUUCGGGACCGCCACUGGCAACAGCUCAUGCAGGCCACCAAGGUGAAAUUUGAAAUGUCGGACCGGACGACCCUGGCGGAUUUCCUCCAGUUGAACCUCCAUAACUAUGAGGACGAGGUCCGCAACAUCGUCGACAAGGCCGUGAAAGAGUCCGGGAUGGAGAAGGUACUGAAAGCCUUGGACAGCACCUGGACCACGAUGGAGUUCGAGCACGAGCCGCAUCCGCGGACGGGCACCAUGAUGCUCAAGUCGGACGAGGUCCUGGUGGAGACGCUGGAGGACAACCAGGUGCAGCUGCAGAACCUGAUGAUGUCCAAGUACCUGUCCCACUUCCUGAAGGAGGUGACCAGCUGGCAGCAGAAGCUGUCCACGGCAGACUCGGUCAUCUCCAUCUGGUUCGAGGUCCAGAGGACCUGGAGCCACCUGGAGAGCAUCUUCAUCGGGUCUGAGGACAUCCGAGCCCAGCUCCCAGAGGACUCCAGGCGCUUUGACGCCAUCGACCUGGAGUUCAAGGCCUUGAUGCAAGACGCGGUAAAAACACCCAACGUGGUGGAAGCCACCAACAAGCCGGGUCUCUAUGACAAACUGGAGGCCCUGAAGAAAAGCCUGGCCAUGUGCGAGAAGGCCCUGGCGGAAUACCUAGAGACGAAGAGGCUGGCCUUCCCCAGGUUCUACUUCGUCUCCUCGGCCGACCUGCUGGACAUCCUUUCCAACGGCAACGACCCUGUGGAGGUGAGCCGCCACCUGUCCAAGCUCUUCGACAGCCUGUGUAAACUGAAGUUCCGGCUCGAUGCCAACGAGAAACCGCUCAAGUUUGGCCUGGGCAUGUACAGCAAGGAGGACGAGUAUGUGGAGUUUGAUCAAGAAUGUGACCUCUCGGGGCAGGUGGAAGUCUGGCUGAAUCGCGUGCUGGACAGAAUGGUUGCCACCCUCCGACACGAAAUUCCAGAGGCCGUGGUGACGUACGAGGAGAAGGCGCGGGAGCAGUGGGUCUUUGACUACCCAGCCCAGGUUGCCCUCACGUGCACCCAGAUCUGGUGGACCACCGAGGUGGGCCUGGCAUUUUCGAGGCUGGAGGAAGGCUAUGAGAACGCUAUCAAAGAUUACAACAAAAAGCAGAUCAGCCAGCUGAACGCGCUCAUCACGCUGCUCAUCGGGAACCUCAACGCUGGCGACAGGAUGAAGAUCAUGACCAUCUGCACCAUCGACGUGCACGCACGCGACGUGGUGGCCAAAAUGAUCAUUGCCAAGGUGGAGAGUUCUCAGGCCUUCACCUGGCAGUCCCAGCUCCGGCACCGCUGGGACGACGAGAAGCGACACUGCUUUGCCAACAUCUGCGACGCCCAAAUCCAGUAUUCCUACGAGUAUCUGGGCAACACGCCGCGGCUGGUCAUCACCCCGCUCACCGACAGGUGCUACAUCACCCUGACACAGUCCCUCCAUCUGAUCAUGGGCGGGGCCCCCGCUGGCCCCGCCGGGACCGGGAAGACGGAGACGACCAAGGACCUGGGCAGGGCACUGGGCACCAUGGUGUACGUCUUCAACUGCUCUGAGCAAAUGGACUACAAGUCCUGUGGAAACAUCUACAAGGGCCUGGCGCAGACCGGAGCCUGGGGCUGCUUUGAUGAGUUUAACCGGAUCUCGGUGGAGGUCUUGUCCGUGAUCGCCGUGCAGGUCAAAUGUGUCCAAGAUGCAAUUCGGGCCAAGAAAAAAACAUUUAAUUUCCUCGGAGAGAUGAUACGUCUCAUCCCCACCGUGGGCAUCUUCAUUACCAUGAACCCCGGGUACGCUGGGCGCACGGAACUGCCCGAAAACUUAAAGGCCCUGUUCAGGCCGUGCGCCAUGGUCGUUCCCGACUUUGAACUGAUAUGCGAGAUCAUGCUGGUGGCCGAGGGCUUUCUGGAAGCCCGCCUUCUGGCCAGGAAGUUCAUCACCCUCUACACCUUGUGCAAGGAGCUGCUCUCCAAGCAGGAUCACUACGACUGGGGCUUGCGAGCCAUCAAGUCUGUGCUGGUGGUGGCCGGCUCCCUGAAGAGGGGGGACCCCAGCCGGGCAGAGGACCAGGUGCUCAUGAGGGCUCUGAGAGACUUCAACAUCCCCAAGAUCGUGACCGACGACCUGCCCGUGUUCAUGGGCCUGAUUGGGGACCUCUUCCCGGCUCUGGACGUGCCUCGCAAACGAGACCUGAACUUCGAGAAGGUCAUCAAGCAAAGCAUCGUGGAGCUGAAGCUGCAGGCAGAGGACAGCUUCGUGCUCAAAGUCGUGCAGCUGGAGGAGCUGCUGCAGGUGCGGCACUCGGUGUUUGUCAUCGGGAACGCGGGCAGCGGCAAGUCUCAGGUCCUCAAAUCCCUCAACAAGACCUACCAGAACAUGAAGAGGAAGCCGGUCGCCGUGGACCUGGACCCCAAGGCUGUCACCUGCGAUGAGCUCUUUGGCGUCAUUAACCCGGCCACCAGGGAGUGGAAAGACGGCCUGUUCUCCACCAUCAUGCGCGACCUGGUCAACAUCACUCACGACGGCCCCAAGUGGAUCGUCCUCGAUGGGGACAUAGACCCCAUGUGGAUCGAGUCCCUCAACACCGUCAUGGACGACAACAAGGUCCUCACCCUGGCCAGCAACGAGCGAAUCCCCUUGAACCGCACCAUGAGGCUGGUGUUUGAGAUCAGCCACCUGAGGACGGCCACCCCGGCCACCGUCUCCAGGGCCGGCAUACUCUACGUCAACCCGGCGGACCUUGGAUGGAACCCCGUGGUGAGCAGCUGGAUCGAGAGGCGCAAGGUGCAGUCCGAAAAGGCCAACCUGAUGAUCCUGUUCGACAAGUACCUGCCCACCUGCCUGGACAAGCUGCGCUUCGGGUUCAAGAAGAUCACGCCGGUGCCCGAGAUCACGGUCAUUCAGACGACCCUGUACCUGCUGGAGUGCCUGCUCACCGAGCGCAACGUGCCGCCCGACUCCCCCAAGGAGCUGUACGAGCUCUACUUCGUGUUCGCCUGCUUCUGGGCCUUCGGCGGGGCCAUGUUCCAGGACCAGCUCGUCGAUUAUCGCGUCGAGUUCAGCAAGUGGUGGAUCAACGAGUUCAAAACCAUCAAGUUCCCCUCGCAGGGAACGGUUUUCGAUUACUACAUCGACCCCGACACGAAGAAGUUCCUGCCCUGGACAGACAAAGUGCCUGCCUUCGAGCUGGACCCGGAUGUCCCGCUGCAGGCCUCUUUGGUCCAUACCACGGAAACCACCCGCAUCCGCUACUUCAUGGACUUGCUCAUGGAGAAGUCCUGGCCGGUGAUGCUGGUGGGGAACGCGGGGACGGGCAAGUCGGUGCUGAUGGGGGACAAGCUGGAGAGCCUGAGCGCCGACGAGUACGUGGUGCAGGCCGUGCCCUUCAACUUCUACACGACCUCGGCCAUGCUGCAGGGUGUGCUGGAGAAGCCGCUGGAGAAGAAAUCGGGGAGGUACGACAGACAGAAGCUGACGUUAAAAGACGUCCACAACUGUCAGUACGUGGCCUGCAUGAACCCCACUGCUGGAUCCUUCACCAUCGACCCGAGACUUCAGCGCCACUUCUGCGUGUUUGCCGUGAGCUUCCCCGGCCAGGAGGCCCUCACGACCAUCUACAACACCAUCCUGGCGCAGCACCUGGCCUUCCGCUCCGUCCCCAUGGUGGUCCAGAGGAUGAGCAGCCAGCUGGUGGCCGCAGCCCUCGCCUUGCAUCAGAAAGUCACAGCAACGUUCCUUCCCACGGCCAUUAAGUUUCAUUACGUCUUCAACCUCAGGGACCUCUCCAACAUCUUCCAGGGACUCCUAUUCUCCACGGCGGAGAUUCUGAAGAGUCCACUCGACCUUGCCCGCCUUUGGCUGCACGAAGCCGAACGAGUGUACGGUGACAAGAUGGCUGAUGACAAGGACCAGGAAACAUUGCACAGAGUCACCAUGGCUUCCACCAAGAAAUUCUUUGAUGAUCUUGGUGAUGAACUCCUAUUUGCCAAACCAAACAUCUUCAGCCACUUCACUCAGGGGAUCGGCGAUCCCAAAUACUUUCCUGUAACCAACAUGGCUCAUCUGAACAAGCUGCUCGUAGACGUCCUGGAUAGUUACAACGAAGUCAACGCUGUCAUGAAUUUGGUGCUGUUUGAGGACGCGGUGGCUCACAUCUGCAGGAUUAACCGCAUCCUGGAGUUUCCCCGGGGGAACGCCCUGCUGGUGGGCGUGGGCGGCAGCGGCAAGCAGAGCCUCUCCCGCCUGGCGGCGUACAUCAGCGCCCUGGACGUGUUUCAGAUCACCCUCAAGAAGGGAUACGGGAUCCCCGACCUCAAGGUUGACCUCGCCGCUCAGUACAUAAAGUCCGCCGUGAAGAACGUGCCCUCCGUGUUCCUGAUGACAGACUCUCAGGUGGCCGAGGAGCAGUUUCUGGUGCUGAUCAACGACCUGUUGGCCUCAGGCGAGAUCCCCGGGCUGUUCUCGGAGGACGAGCUGGAGAACAUCAUCUCCUCCAUGCGCCCGCAGGUCAAGUCCCUCGGCUUGACCGACACCCGGGAAGCAUGUUGGAAAUUCUUCAUUGAAAAAGUGCGCCGACAGCUCAAGGUGAUUCUGUGUUUCUCCCCCGUGGGCUCUGUUCUGCGCGUGCGAGCGAGGAAGUUCCCCGCGGUGGUUAACUGCACGGCCAUCAACUGGUUCCACGAGUGGCCAGAAGACGCCCUGGUGUCCGUCAGCGCUCGCUUCCUACAGGACACGGAGGGAAUUCAGCCAGAAGUCAAGGCUUCCAUCAGCCUCUUCAUGUCCUACGUGCACACCACCGUCAACGAGAUGUCCAAGGUGUACCUGGCUACCGAGAGGCGCUACAACUACACCACGCCCAAAACCUUCCUGGAGCAGAUCAAACUGUACCAGAACCUGCUGGCCAAGAAGAGGGCGGAGCUGGUUGCCAAAAUCGAGCGUCUGGAGAACGGGCUGAUGAAGCUGCAGAGCACGGCCUCCCAGGUGGACGAUCUAAAAGCCAAGCUGGCGAUCCAGGAGGCCGAGCUCAAGCAGAAGAACGAGAACGCAGAUAAGCUGAUCCAGGUGGUCGGCGUGGAGACCGAGAAGGUCAGCAAAGAGAAAGCGAUCGCCGACGAGGAGGAGGUGAAGGUCGAGGUGAUCAACAAGAACGUCACUGAGAAACAAAAAGCUUGUGAGACAGACCUGGCCAAGGCAGAACCGGCCCUGCUGGCCGCGCAGGAAGCGCUCGAUACUCUCAAUAAGAACAACCUGACAGAGCUGAAGUCCUUCGGGUCCCCCCCAGAUGCCGUGGUCAAUGUCACGGCCGCCGUCAUGAUCCUCACGGCGCCGGGGGGCAAGAUCCCCAAGGACAAGAGCUGGAAGGCUGCGAAGAUCAUGAUGGGCAAAGUGGACGCCUUCCUGGACUCCCUGAAGAGGUUCGACAAGGAGCACAUCCCCGAGGCCUGCCUGAAGGCGUUCAAGCCUUACCAAGGCAAUCCAACGUUUGACCCCGAGUUCAUUCGCUCCAAGUCCACGGCGGCCGCGGGGCUGUGCUCCUGGUGCAUCAACAUCGUGCGUUUCUACGAGGUCUACUGUGACGUGGCCCCCAAGAGGCAGGCCCUGGAGGAGGCUAAUGCAGAACUGGCCGAGGCACAAGAGAAGCUGUCCCGGAUCAAAAACAAGAUUGCCGAACUCAAUGCCAACCUGAGCAACCUGACCUCAGCCUUUGAGAAAGCAACAGCUGAGAAAAUCAAGUGUCAGCAGGAGGCCGACGCCACAAACAGGGUGAUCUCGCUGGCUAACAGGCUGGUGGGGGGACUGGCCUCGGAGAACGUGCGUUGGGCUGAGUCAGUGGAGAACUACAAAAAGCAGGGGGUCACGCUGUGCGGGGACGUCCUGCUCAUCUCCGCCUUCGUCUCCUACGUGGGCUACUUCACCAAGAGAUACCGCAACGAGCUGAUAGAGAAAUUUUGGAUUCCUUACGUCAGUCACUUAAAGGUCCCCAUCCCCAUCACGGAAGGCCUAGAUCCCUUGAGCCUGCUGACGGAUGACGCGGACGUGGCCACCUGGAACAACCAGGGCCUCCCCAGCGACCGCAUGUCCACUGAGAACGCCACCAUCCUGUGCAACACAGAGCGCUGGCCCCUGAUCGUGGACGCCCAGCUUCAAGGAAUCAAGUGGAUCAAAAACAAAUAUGGGAGUGAACUGAAAGCCAUCCGCCUGGGCCAGAAGAGCUACCUGGACAUCAUCGAGCAGGCCAUUUCAGAAGGGGACACCUUGCUCAUCGAGAACAUUGGGGAAACCGUGGACCCCGUGCUGGAUCCUUUACUGGGCAGGAACACAAUCAAAAAGGGAAGGUUCAUCAAGAUUGGCGACAAGGAGGUGGAGUACCACCACAACUUCCGCCUGAUCCUGCACACCAAGUACUUCAACCCACACUACAAGCCGGAGAUGCAGGCGCAGUGCACCCUCAUCAACUUCCUGGUCACCAGGGACGGCCUCGAGGACCAGCUCUUGGCCGCUGUGGUGGCCAAAGAGCGCCCAGAUCUAGAACAGCUGAAGGCCAACCUCACCAAGUCCCAAAAUGAAUUUAAGAUUGUUCUCAAAGAGCUAGAAGAUUCUCUCCUGGCCCGUCUGUCGGCCGCAUCGGGGAACUUUCUAGGAGACACCGCCUUGGUGGAGAAUCUGGAGACCACCAAACACACGGCCAGCGAGAUCGAGGAGAAGGUACAAGAGGCAAAAAUCACAGAAGUUAAAAUCAACGAGGCGAGAGAGAGCUAUCGCCCUGCCGCAGAGAGGGCGUCCCUGCUGUAUUUCAUCCUGAACGACCUCAACAAGAUCAACCCCAUCUACCAGUUCUCUCUCAAGGCCUUCAACGUGGUGUUCGAGAAAGCCAUCCUGAAGACCGCCCCUGCCGACGAGGUGAAGCAGCGUGUGAUCAACCUGACAGACGAGAUCACCUAUUCCGUCUACAUGUACACGGCCCGGGGCCUCUUCGAGCGGGACAAGCUCAUCUUUCUGGCACAAGUUGCAUUCCAGGUCUUGUCCAUGAAGAAGGAGCUGAACCCAGUGGAGCUGGAUUUUCUCCUGCGGUUCCCUUUCAAGGCCGGGGUCGUCUCGCCGGUGGACUUCCUGCAGCACCAAGGCUGGGGCGGGAUCAAGGCCCUCUCGGAGAUGGAUGAGUUCAAAAACCUGGACAGUGACAUUGAAGGAUCUGCCAAGCGGUGGAAAAAGCUUGUGGAGUCGGAAGCCCCGGAAAAGGAAAUCUUCCCCAAGGAGUGGAAGAACAAGACGGCUCUGCAGAAGCUCUGCAUGGUGCGCUGCAUGAGGCCGGACCGCAUGACCUACGCCGUCAAGAAUUUUGUGGAGGAGAAGAUGGGCAGCAAGUUCGUGGAAGGCCGAAGCGUGGAGUUUUCUAAGUCCUACGAGGAAAGCAGCCCCUCCACACCGAUCUUCUUCAUCCUCUCCCCGGGGGUGGACCCCUUGAAAGACGUGGAGGCCUUGGGGAAAAAACUGGGAUUUACCAUAGAUAAUGGAAAACUCCAUAAUGUGUCCCUGGGGCAGGGACAAGAGGUGGUGGCCGAGAACGCUCUGGACGUGGCUGCAGAGAACGGACACUGGGUCAUUCUGCAGAACAUCCACCUCGUGGCGCGGUGGCUGAGCACCCUGGACAAGAAAGUGGAGCGCUACAGCACUGGCAGCCACGACGACUACCGCGUGUUCAUCAGCGCGGAGCCGGCGCCCAGUCCCGAGUCCCACAUCAUCCCCCAGGGCAUCCUGGAAAACGCCAUCAAGAUCACCAAUGAGCCACCCACGGGCAUGUACGCCAACCUGCACAAGGCCCUGGACCUCUUCACCCAGGACACCCUGGAGAUGUGCACCAAAGAGGUCGAGUUCAAGUGCAUCCUCUUCGCCCUGUGCUACUUCCACGCCGUGGUGGCCGAGAGGCGCAAGUUUGGCGCCCAGGGCUGGAACCGCUCAUACCCCUUCAACAACGGGGACCUGACCAUCUCCAUCAACGUGCUCUACAAUUACCUGGAGGCCAACCCCAAGGUGCCCUGGGACGAUCUCCGCUACCUUUUUGGUGAAAUCAUGUACGGCGGCCACAUCACGGACGACUGGGACCGCCGGCUGUGCAGGACCUACCUGGCCGAGUACAUCCGCGCAGAGAUGCUGGAGGGAGAGGUCCUCCUGGCCCCCGGGUUCCAGAUCCCCCCCAACCUGGACUACAAGGGUUACCACGAAUACAUCGACGAGAACCUCCCCCCCGAGAGUCCCUAUCUGUAUGGCCUACACCCCAACGCAGAGAUUGGCUUUUUGACGGUCACCUCAGAGAAGCUGUUCCGCACUGUCCUGGAAAUGCAGCCCAAAGAGACCGACUCGGGAGCAGGCACAGGAGUAUCUCGAGAGGAGAAGGUGAAGGCUGUGCUGGACGAAAUCCUCGAGAAGAUCCCGGAGACGUUCAACAUGGCCGAGAUCAUGGCAAAGGCCGCUGAAAAGACCCCCUACGUGGUGGUCGCUUUUCAAGAAUGUGAAAGGAUGAACAUCCUGACCAACGAAAUGCGUCGUUCACUAAAGGAGCUGAACCUCGGGCUGAAGGGGGAACUGACCAUCACCACCGACAUGGAAGACCUGUCCACGGCUCUCUUUUACGACACCGUGCCGGACACAUGGGUGGCCCGGGCCUACCCCUCCAUGAUGGGCCUGGCGGCCUGGUACGCCGACCUGCUGCUCCGCGUCAGGGAACUCGAGGCCUGGACGACAGACUUCGCCCUGCCUACCACCGUGUGGCUGGCUGGGUUCUUCAACCCCCAGUCCUUCCUCACGGCCAUCAUGCAGUCCAUGGCCAGGAAGAACGAGUGGCCCCUGGACAAGAUGUGUCUGUCUGUGGAAGUGACCAAGAAAAAUCGGGAGGACAUGACUGCUCCCCCCCGCGAGGGAUCCUACGUGUAUGGGCUCUUCAUGGAAGGAGCUCGCUGGGACACCCAGACCGGAGUCAUCGCCGAAUCACGGCUGAAGGAACUGACGCCGGCCAUGCCUGUCAUCUUCAUCAAGGCCAUUCCUGUGGACCGCAUGGACACCAAGAACAUAUAUGAGUGUCCCGUAUAUAAAACACGCAUCCGUGGCCCCACCUACGUCUGGACCUUUAACCUGAAGACCAAGGAGAAGGCAGCGAAGUGGAUCCUGGCAGCCGUGGCGCUGCUCUUGCAGGUUUAGCGCGACCCCAGGCCCACGCUCUCGGGGCAGAUCAGCAGCCCAACCACAACUCAGACUGUCCAACAGAAACCCAGCCCUGCAACCGCUCCUUAGUUUGGUUGUUUUCUGUUCUCUAUUAAAUAAUCAAGGUGCUUUAUGCCCACGUGCAUCUGGACGAACGGGGGUGGAGGUUAGCGUGGACAAGGCGGCACAGAUUAAAACUAGUGGAGCCACU